AUGAACCAGGAUGUUCGAGAAGCAGUGGAAACAGAAGUCGCAUUCUACGCAACGCACUCACACCAUGAUGUUCAACAUCUCGGCCAGAAUCAGAUUAUUGUAUUUGAUCAAGCUGUAACAAAUAUUGGAAACGCAUACAAUUCACACCAUGGCGGAUUCGUGGCACCCGUUGCCGGGACAUACGUUUUCCACGUGACCAUGAUGGGCAGAAACGCCCAUGCGGUGACAGGCAACCACUUCAAUGCAUAUAUUGAUGUUGAUGGCAGGACAUAUUCGCAGCUGUGGGUUGUACCUUACGAACAGUCUUCACAAAUGUUUAUCAUCGAGUUAUCAGCGGGCAAAACGGUAACGGUGAAGAACCAUAUUCUAGACGACGGGUUUGUUGGACAGCACAUGUCUACUUUCUCUGGCUUUCUAUUGUAUGAGCACUACCGCUCACCAGCUAUCGUAGGAAAAUAA